AUGAAUACGACGUCAUCAACGUUUUUCAGUGCGUUAUGUGAUGAAUAUUUUUAUUCAUCGGAAUGGUUAACAUUCACAGUUUGUACUUACAUUACAUUUCAAACUGUUUUCUGGUCGUACAAUCUAUUUCUCCUCUAUAUUGAAUAUCACGAUAUACCUUGCAUUGACCAAUAUCGUAUUCAGAAACAUCGAGUCAAACUUCGUUUUCAACCGGAUUUACUUCGUCAGUUACGAAAUGGAACAUUCAAACAUCAACUUUCAUUGAUUCUCACAUUACCAUUCUUAUAUCAUAUGCUGAAUUAUUUCGGUCAUGUUUCCGUACAUUCAUCGAUUCCGUCAAUCUUGACGAUCAUUUGGCAAUUGACAAUUUUCAUCUUAGCUGAAGAUUUCCUAUUUUUUUGGACGCAUUAUUUAUUUCAUACACGUUGGUUAUACAAACACAUCCAUAAACAACAUCACAUUUUCAAGCAACCAACUGGUGUGGUCUUCGUCAUUGCUGACCCAUGGGAAUUGCUAAUACAAAAUCAACUCGCUGUUUGGAUUGCGCCGAUCUUUUUCAAAGAGAAACAUCUGUUCACAAUUUGUCUCUGGAUCUUUCUACGUGUUUAUCAAACAAUAAAUGCACAUAGCGGAUACGAUUUACCUUACAUAAGUCCGCAAUAUUACUUUCCAUGGUUGUUAUCAGGCACGUUACAACACGACUAUCAUCAUCAACACGCAAAAAUGAAUUAUGGAAGCUUUCUAACUCUAUGGGAUCGAUUGAUGAAUACGCAUCGACUGCAUAACCUAGCAAUUGAAUAA